AUCUAACUCGAACCCUAACUCUAAACCAAACCCAAAUUCUAAUCCUAACUCUAACCAUAACCCUAACUCUAACUCUAAUCUUUGCUUUUUGCCCCCUCUCUCUCCCGCAGGCCAUGGAAGAUCAGCUGCGGGAGCAGCAGCGCCACCUCCUGGUCCUCCUCAACGCCGCCUCUUCCUCUCGACCAUUUGCCACCCUCUGGCCCCCCGCCAACACUUCGGCCACCGCUGCCACCGGGAGCCCCUCGGACCUUUCCCCAGCUGCCACCGCCACUGCCGGAACCACGGUGGGAAGCGAGGAAGCGACAGGCGGCGGAAGUGGCAGCGGGAGUGGCGCGGGCAGUGGAAGUGGCGCAGGCAGUGGCGGGGGCAGUGGCAGUGGCGGAGGAGAGGUGGUGGCAGCGGCGGCGGCAGCAGCAGUAAAUCCGUGGGAUGUGGCCCUGUGUGCCACAGGGACGGCGAUGGCUUGUGAGAAUGCACUGGUUCUGGCCGUCCUCUUCUACACUCCCAGUCUGCGUGCACCUAUGUUCCUCCUCAUUGGCAGUCUGGCCUUGGCCGACUUGUUGGCUGGCGUGGGCCUAGUGGUCAACUUCAGUGUCCAGUACCUGGUGCAGCCACCCAGUGAGGCAGCUGCCCUCAGUGCUGCCGCCUUGCUCCUGACCGCCUUCUCAGCCUCAGCGGGCAGCCUCUUGGCCAUCACCAUUGACCGCUACCUGUCACUCUACAACGCCCUGACCUACCACUCUGAGCGCACCCGGACCUUCACUGCAGCCAGCCUCCUGGCCCUUUGGCUCCUCUGCUUGGCCCUUGGCCUCCUCCCACUCCUGGGAUGGAACUGCUUCCGACAGCCACCCGGCUUGGCUUGCAGUGUCCUGUGGCCUAUCACCAAAGAUAACGCCACCCUUCUGGCUGUCGCCUUCCUCCUCCUGUUUGCUCUCAUGCUCCAACUCUAUGCCCAGAUCUGCAAGAUCGCCUGCCGCCAUGCCCAGCAGAUUGCUGUCCAGCAUCAGUUCAUUGCCUCAGCCCCUUCUUCUUCCUCUCCAGGUCCCCAGGCUGCGCCUUCAGGCCGAAAAGGCCUGACCACCCUCUCACUGGUAUUAGGUACCUAUGCCCUUUGCUGGAUCCCCUUCGCCAUUUACGCCCUGGUGGCCGAUGCCACCUACCCCUCCGUCUACACCUACGCCUUGGCCCUCCCGGCCGCCUGCAACUCCCUCAUCAACCCAGUCAUCUAUGCCUUCAGGAAUGCGGACAUCCAGAAGUCCCUCUGGCUGGCCUGCUGUGGCUGCAUAUCCUUGGGCUUCGCCUCUCGGCCCCGGACGUCCAGCGAUGUAUGAAGAGGUGGCCUAAAGAUGGGUUUGGAGAGCUCUUCUUCCUCAUCACUUACCCAGCAGGAGGAACUGGAGAGGAAAGGAGAAAAAGGAGUGAUGGGAUGGGGGGGGGACGUUUGGGAGAGAGAAAGAGGCUGGGGCCUUCCUUGCAAAAGAAGUGGACACUCAUGGACACUUCAAAUAAGAGUUAUUUUCAUACACAGGAUGAAUUUAUUUUGGUAAAACAGGAGUAAGUUGGUUCACUUUGGCCUUCCACCUGAUGUCUGGUGACAGUGUUAGAUGCAAGCCUAAGCAGGUCUACUCUCAGUCUGAUUUCGACUCUCAUGCUGCAGGGUUACACCACUUUGAUCCCACUUG